ACCAAUCCCAGACUGCCCUCUUGGGGGUGUCUCUCCACCGAGUUAUUUCCCUCUAUCUUUAUCCUUAUCCACAUUCCUCACAUGGGUUUUAUAUUUCGGCAUGAAAUUGCUGUACCCAUUUCCUGCUUGUUAAGAGUACUGUAACCCAUAGAACACUUAUACAUAUAUAUACCAAUAUAUGUAUACACUUAGGAUCUAUAGGCUUUUCCAAUAAAUGCCUGUUAUAUUCUUUCGGGUUCAUCCUCCUUGGAAGCAAAAGAGAAAUCGCAUCUAAGUUUUGGAUUGAUAAUAAAAUUGUGCGUGCUUGGGAUUGAUGUUGAAUUGGGCACUGGCUAUGGACUUUGUCAGUGGUAAUAAAGGUGGGAUGUAUCAGGUCUUUCAAAAGGAAGCUGUGGUUGAUACCCUAGUGGAUGUUGUGAUGUGCUUGGUCCCUGUUUGGUUGGCUGUUAUGAUAGGGCUAGUAGUGGGAUGGGCCUGGAAGCCCAAGUGGGCUAGUCUCCUAGUUGUGGGGCUCAGGAGUCUGAGGCCUCAGUUGUUGUUGAGUGCUCCUCAUGGAUUCAGCGCUGCUCUGACUGCCUUCAUGGGAUUUCCCUUGCUGAAAAAGUUAUGGACCAGUUUCAGGGCUUGGGAGUCAGAACGUGAAGAAGCAUUUGAUCAUCAGCUUAAUCCUGAAGAAGAUAUCACUCAUGGGGGAAAGGAGCCAGUUGUAACAAAUGGGGACUUGGAGCACUUAUGUCGUCUUCUUGAAGUAAAAGAUGGUGGUCCUGUGUGGCAUCAGGUCAUGGAUCGUGCAACUCCAACUAUGAGCUACCAAGCUUGGCGACGUGAUCCAAAGGUUGGUCCUCCGCAAUACCGAAGCAGAACAGUAUAUGAGGAUGUCACACCUGAACUCCUGAGAGAUUUUUUCUGGGAUGAUGAAUUUCGUGCUAAGUGGGAUGACAUGCAACUUUACUCAAAGACUCUAGAAGAAUGUCCUCAGACAGGAUCAAUGAUUGUCCAUUGGAUUAAAAAGUUCCCAGCCUUCUGUAGUGAUCGGGAAUAUGUGAUUGGUCGUCGAAUUUGGGAGUCUGGAAGAACGUAUUUAUGUGUUACAAAGGGUGUACCAUAUCCCUCACUCCCAAGACACAAUAAACCAAGGCGUGUUGACCUCUACUAUUCCAGCUGGUCCAUCCGAGCAGUGGAAUCGAGGAAUGGAGAUGGACAAUUAUCUGCCUGUGAGGUCGUGCUCUUUCAUCAUGAAGACAUGGGAAUCCCAUGGGAGAUUGCUAAGCUUGGAGUCCGUCAAGGAAUGUGGGGAGCUGUUCGGAAUAUAGAACGUGGGAUAUGUGCAUAUAAAGUGGAGAGGCAUUCCGGAGCUUCAUUAUCAAGAUGUGCAUUUAUGGCAAGAAUUAACUCAAAAGUGCCUACGGACUUAUCUAGAGCAUUGGGGUUAUCUUCCAAAGACACUGAGGAUUCACAAGAUAUUAUAUCAUAUUCCAAAGAAACAGAGGGCGGAAAUGUUAAAUCAAAGACACGGCAGGGAAAUGGAUGGAAAUUCAUUUUAAUUGGAGGAGCCAUGGCUCUUGCAUGUGGACUAGAUAGAGGGAUUGUGAGUAAAGCAGUAAUCUUUGGAGUAGCAAGAAAAUUAGGAAAUAUUAGGAAACGGCAAUAACGGUGGAGAAUUAAAAAGAAUUUAUUGUGGUUACAACCUACAUUGAUUGGAAUAGAUGGAUAUUCAUUGCAUUUGUCUUUCGUUUAGAACUGGGUAGAAUGCAAUGAUCAGUGACAAUGUUUUCAACUCCUUAUCAGAAUAAGGAGGUCAAGGGAGUGUUCGUUGCAGAUUUUACGGUAGUCGGAGAAAAUGCAAUCAGUCAAAAAUCACAUUUUGCCUUCUCUUAUAAAGUACCAGAAUUUUUUCUCUCAUCAGUUGUGAUCUUGAGAAUUCUUCAUCACUGUACUUUCAUAGUUAUCUGAAGAAGAUACAAUGACAACUUAGCAGCUUUGCCAAUAUGCGAUGGAUGCCUUUCUCUUA